AUGGCUAGUCAUAUCAUGGGUUUCCAACUCACAUUGUUACUAUUCAUUGUGUUUGUUGUAGGAUUCUCAAACGCUAACCAUCUAAACUUGUUCAACACCUUUAAAUCAGUUUUCAAACCAAAAGCCAAUAGCACGACAUGGGCCGUUCUGGUUGCCGGUUCAAAUGGAUACGAAAACUAUCGUCAUCAGGCAGACGUUUGUCAUGCGUAUCAAAUCCUUAAAAAAGGCGGGUUAAAGGAUGAAAACAUAAUUGUGUUUAUGUAUGAUGAUAUUGCAAACGAUCCAGAAAAUCCAAGGUCUGGUACGAUAAUUAACAGCCCCCAAGGGUCAGAUGUGUACGCUGGUGUGCCAAAGGAUUAUACCGGAGACAGUGUGACGGCCUCGAAUUUCUAUGCUGUGCUUCUUGGCAAUAAAACCGCGGUGAAAGGUGGAAGCGGUAAAGUUGUAGCGAGCAAACCUACAGACAGGAUCUUUGUGUUUUACUCUGAUCAUGGCGGCCCAGGCUUACUUGGGAUGCCAAAUCCGCCUUACAUUUACGCUAGUGAUUUCAACCAUGUAUUGAAAACAAAGCACGCGAGUGGAACUUAUGAUGAGAUGGUGAUAUACUUGGAGUCAUGUGAAAGUGGAAGUAUUUUCGAAGGUUUGUUACCGAAAGAUCUUAACAUUUAUGUGACAACUGCCUCGAAUGCGAUCGAGAAUAGUUGGGCAACAUAUUGUCCAGGCACGAAAACUCCUCCGCCUGAAGAGUUUGACACUUGCUUAGGUGACUUAUAUAGUGUUUCAUGGAUGGAAGACAGUGACUCAGAAGAUUUGACGCUGGAAACCUUGCAACAACAAUACUUGAAGGUGAAGAAGAGGACUUUGAAUCAUUAUUCAACAGAGGGAUCUCAUGUAAUGCAAUACGGCACCUUAAGCAUAAGUGAAGAGAUUGUUUCAAACUAUCAAGGUUCUACUACCAGGACAAUCUCUACGGAUCGAUUUCAAACACCUGUCUCCAUGGGUGUUAUCGACCAAAGAGAUGCGGAUCUUUAUCUGAUGUGGCAAAGGUACAAGAAAUUAACCGAAGACACACAAAAGAAGGGAGAUCUACGAAAGAAAAUCAAUGAAAUAACGGCAUAUAGGGCACAUUUGGAUAACAGUGUCGGUAUGAUCAAACGCUAUUUAUUAGGCAGUGGAGAUGGACCCGUGAGAGAUAUAGGAUCGGCCCUUGUGGAUGAUUGGGACUGUCUGAAAUUUAUGGUUCGAACAUUUGAGACACACUGUGGAUCCUUGACUCAGUAUGGUAUGAAACAUACUCGAACAUUUGCGAACAUAUGCAACAAUGGUGCUACAAAGAAGGCCAUGGAUGAAGCUGCAAGGAAGUCGUGUAGCUCGUUUAAAUUAGGGCAAUGGGAUCCUACGAUCGUCGGUUUUAGCUCUUGA